AUGAAAGCUCUGGUCCUGAUCGGUGCUGCAACAAAUGAUCAAAAACUCCAGGAGAGUAUGUCAGCAAGGAUUUUGGAUCCGCUGGGUCAACGUUUUGCUCAAACUUGCCAACAGCCACCAAGUUCGGAAGUUGACAGUCAGCUUGUAGACCUUAUACAGUGUAUGGAUGGAGUAGCCCGAGCCAGUCAGCCACAUUCAGCCGCUAUACUCUUCAAAUUCCUUAGUCCGGUCCUUGAAAGCUGCGUUCCAUUGAUGAAAUCGCGUUCAUACUCUCAGCCGGUUGUCGCUGCGAUUUUGGUCCUUAUCCAGAAUGUGACCACCAAAGUUUCCAUUUACGUUGAUGAUAAGGAGGACUCCGCCACCUUGUACCGUACCAUAGUUAUGAUUGUGGACGUUUAUCGAUCGGAGCAAGCAUCCAGA